AUGGAGGAGGCGGAAGGCGGGUUGACGGCGUACGAGCGCCUGCGCCAGCAGAUCCAGGAGCGCAAUGCGGCGAAACUUCGCCAGCUCGGCGUCACCGCGUCCGCGGAAGACCUCACCACCGCGAUCGCCGCCAAGAAGCGCGCCGCGCCUUCCCGCCCCAAGCCCCACCCCACGGAACCGCAACAGCCUUUGCGCCGAUCCCUCCGCAAUCGCGGCAUGGCUCCGGAAAACGCCCCCGCGGAUGGCGGUGGGGGCGGGGGGGCUGUCUCCGCCAGCGCUGCCGCUGUCAUCGCGGAAGAGGUUGCGCCGAAAGGGCAUUUGCCCGCGCGGAGUUUAAACCGCGAGGCGGAGAAGGACGCGGCGCUUAUGCGCGUGUUGCGCGCGCGCAUGGUCCCGCGGGGCUUUGCGCUAGAGACAGAAGAGACUUCCGGGGACGAGGGCGGGGAGGAGGGGGAAGAGGAGCGCAAGCGAGAGGGAGACCUCGGGGCGCAAGGGGGGAGUUUUGUUGAGCCACCUGAGGGGGAGAAGGGCGGCGUGCGGAGAUCGAAGCGGGGCGGGCGGGGGAAGGCAAAAGAGGCGGAGAAGGCGGAUUCUGACGAAGUGAGCGACGGCGCGGGGGGCGUGCGGCGGUUGCCCCUGGAUCGUCUGGUGGUGGUGGCAGGGGACAAGGCAGGGCAGGUGGGCGUGUGGGACCUGGGGGACAUGGACGCUAACGGCUGUGCUGCUGCUGGUACAACGGGAAGCGGCAGUGCAGAUGGCAGCAGCGGCGGCAGGGCAUCUGAGGAUGCAACGGGCAUAUUCACCUUCUGGCCGCAUCGCAACCCCGUGUCAGGCCUCGCGCACUGCCCUCUCUCGCUCUCCAAUGUGUACACGGCUUCAUACGACGGCACCAUCCGCUUUGCCUUUGAUCCUCGGGCAUGCCAUGGCGGCCCUGUGGGCAGCUGGGAAAUUCACGAGAAAAAGGUCGGCACGAUCAGCUUCUGCCCGGGGCAGGAGGAAAUUAUCGCCACAGCUUCUACUGACCGGACUGUUUGCUUGUGGGAUGUGCGUAAGAUGUUGGGCGGGGGAGAGGGAGGUGGAGAGAAGCGUAGGAAGACAGAGGAAGGGCAGGGAGGAAGCGGUGGAACUGCGUUAUUCCAUGCAGCUCAUUCCGCGGCAUCAGUCACUCCUCUCAUGAAGCUGCCCCAUGCCCGUGCAACCAACUCUGCAUACUUCUCACCCAAUGGUGCCUUCCUCGUCUCCACCAGGUGUGUGUGUGCCCUUACCAUCUGCCCCUUGCAUCCCUCUUGCACACCUCCCUCCUCCACCUCUCCCAUUCCCACCUUCCCUCCACUUCUUUCCGUUCUUUUCACUGCUUUCGUCUCAACCCAUCACCACUUCUAA